AUGUCUAACUCAAGGUUCGCCGAUGCUAAGGGAAAAUGCUCCAACGAAAUUGGUGAUCAUGGUGAUGCUCAGAACCAUGGAUUGGUCAGCAAUCAAAUACUCGACCUGCACCAAUCGAAUCAGUCAGUAGAUGCUGGCAUUAACGUGGAGAACACCUCAUUGAUGAUUUCAAAAACACCUGAACCACUAAGGAGUCCUCAACCUUCAAACACAAAUUUGAGGAAGAGAAAGGCUAGCAUGAAAGACGCUGCAAAAUUUAAUAAGAGAGAGAUUGUUGAUGGAUUCAAACGUCUGAAGAAUGAACACACCUCCUUGGAGGAUGAAAUCGCCUUCUUGAGGAGCCGAUGCGCUUCGUUGAAAAAGUCUGUCAAGCGUCAAAAGAAAACUUCGGUCUACUUGAAACACAAGAACAAUGAACUGACUGACAAAGUUACAGACCUUUCCAUGCAUGUACUGACGUCUGUGUCCGAUCGCGAGAUCCAGCUUGGAGAAAGAAUUGUGCAACUGGAGGCAAGCAAUGCACAACUGCAGGCAAGAAAUGCUCAACUGGAGAAUAUGCAACUGAUAUGA